AUGGGUUUUUACGUCUACUUGGACUUUGUUGACCAUGAAAUCCUUCACCUAUUUGUAAAACUGGGUGACAGUGGAGUAUCAACACCUGCCCAAAAUACCUCUCCGUUGAUUGCCCUGCACGGUUGUAAACAAAACAUGUCUGCUGCCAGCAUCCAAAGCUUCAGCUCACUUCCUGAACAUAUGCAAGACUUCCUGUACUAUCAACACUGUCGACAUUUUCCCUUGCUCCUGGACCUUCCAAACAAAUGUGGAGGAGCUGAUCGAUCCUCUGAAGUCUUCCUGCUGCUGGUCAUCAAAAGCGGCCCAGAAAACCACGAACACCGAGAAAUGCUUCGUAAGACCUGGGCCAAAGAGAGGUUACAGAGUGGAGUGUGGAUCAGACUGAUUUUCCUUGUUGGAACAACAGGCUCUGGUUUUGAGAGGAAAAGACUGAACAAAGUUGUUGAGCUGGAGCACAGUCAGUACAAAGACAUACUUCAAUGGGACUUUACCGACACAUUCUGCAACCUCACCUUGAAGCAGGUAAUCUUUCUGGAGUGGUUUGAAAGAAACUGUCCAAAGGCACGCUUCCUGUUAGAUGGUGACGAUGAUGUUUUUGUGAACACAAAUAAUGUGGUCAAGUAUCUCCAAAGCCUUAAGGACAAGGAUGGAAGCAAGCACCUCUUUGCUGGCCGUCAGGUAUGGGGUGGGCCUGUUAGAGAGUCAUGGAGCAAGUAUUUUGUUCCAGUUCAGUUGUAUGAGUCAAACAUGUACCCCCCCUAUUGUAGUGGUGGGGGCUUCAUAA